ACCUUGCGGCUGACCUUAAAGACUCGUGGAGAAUGUCAGAAAGCAAAGGUCUGAGAUAACUUGAAGUUAACAAUGCAUGAGUAAAUGUUGUCUGUGGGACAGAGAAAGUUAGGGGCCAUAGUUGGAGCGGCAGUUGCUGAUGCAGCAAGUCAGCCUCUCCACUGGAACUAUGACCCCGUGAAAUUGGCUGGCAUCAUAGGAGACAGAGAGGAGGUCGAGUUUUGGGAACCGUCCGCCAACCCUUACUACUGCAUUGAAACUGGACGGCAGAGUUGCUAUGGAGACCUGGCUUAUGUGUUAUUGGAGUCUUUCUCUCACUGUAAAGGCUUUAAUUUGGAAGAUCAGAAGGAGCGCACUUAUAAGUUCUUUGGCCCAGGCUCAGAAUAUGAUGAUGAGUUGAACAAAGAUUAUAAGUGGAAAUCAGGUGUUGGGAAGAACUUCCCUAUAAAAGGACCCUGGAAACAGUUCAGUAUGAAACACUUCUUGAAAAGAGUUGAAGAGGGCCAGGCCAAAACAGGUUCCCCUACAGAUGAGCAGAUGGACAGUGUUGCCAAGAUCGCCCCAGUAGUGGCUAUGUUUGCCGGAGAGCCAGACAUGUUAGAGAAAGUAGAAGAUGCCAUCAGACUGACCCAGGAAUCUGACACCACUGUGGUGCUAGGCAUGGCUGCUGCCAGAAUUAUAGAGUAUUUCAUCCUGAAUGGCCCAGCCCCAGGGGAGGAGGCUGUCAGGGCUGCCAUGGGACAGUUAGAAGAUACUCACAGAAACAACCCCCAGGACCUGGAUAGAGCAGUGGUCACUUUUCUUAGGGAGGUGCUGGAGAAAAAGAACACACCACACCAAGAGGUGGCUAGGAACAUUUUCAGGUUUGACUGAGUCUUGCCGGGUGCCUUCCAAACAGCUGUGCACGCCCUUAUCACCAGUGACGGCUACGUCUCCGCCAUCAGGAAGACACUGCGUACUGGGGGCUGCUGCUGCUCCCGAAACUCUUUUCUAGGAGCUUGCUUUGGUGCACAGAUUGGAGUAGAAGGCAUCCCAGAUACAUGGAAAAAGAGAACUUUCAGGUUUCCCAAACUCAUGGAGUUGGCUGCAGAGAUAAUUAACUAGAUCAUGUCCUUCAUAGGGUCAGAUGAGGGGUCAACUGGGGGGUCACUCCUGUGUCCAAACUUUGUCCACACUUGGUCAUGAAAUAAUGCUUGUAUGACAGUAUUGCCUUAAACAAAGCGGGCAAUAUUUGAUAUGUUGCAUAUUUUGUGCCCAGAGUUGUCAAAAAAUCAUUAUUAUUAUUAUUAUUAUUAUUACUUGUAUCAGGAGCAAAUGAACAAGUGUAAAGAGAAAUGAUCUUAAAUCCAAUAAUUUCUUAGGUAAAAAUAUUUAUAAUUUUAAGUAUAUAUUUUAUUGUUUAUUAAUUUCUCACAAGUGAUCACAGACUAUCAUUUUAUAAUGCUUUUAUGUUUUGUCUAAAUGAUAUAUUAUUCCCAAAUCCUUACUCUUUUAUAUUUUCUGUGAUAAGAAUAUUCAAAUUAUCAGUAUUCAAAUUUAUUGUAUACAGCCAUGUAAGUGAAAGACAUUAGCAUAUAUCUUUUUCUUAAUUUCUUUUUGUGUACGAUUAGUCUGAAGUAAAUUAGUAUUUCAUUCCUUCCAGAUAAUGGAACUUGUUUGCAGAACACAUUGUAAGAAUUGCUAAUUAAAUUUCACAGUUUCUUAAUUAAAAUUGUCAUAAAACACCAAAAUAAAUGACUUGAAAUGGCAGAUUU